AAACGUCAAAAAGCUCAAAUCUUUGGCAUUUUCUGAUUUCCACCAUUCCCUUCUCCUCCUCCUUCUCCAUAAUUAUUUCAGUUGAGGGAGCAGGAAGCUAAUCAGCAAAAUGUGCAGGCAACUGGUUGCAUUUACUCUUAUUUUCUUGCUUCUUCUCAAUGGGUUCUCUUCGGUUUCAGCAGCCACUCCAGCAAAAAUUGUGACUGGAAUCGUCACCAAUGUGGUUUCAGCACUUGUGAAGUGGCUCUGGUCCCUCAAAUCCAGCCCCAAAACAGGGACAGUUUCAAGGCUGAAGGGUUUGAUGGGUGGGGAAGCUCCUCCAGCUGUUUCUGGGCGUUCCCUGGUAAAAUUUGAAGAUGGGUACACAGUAGAGACUGUGUUUGAUGGAAGUAAGCUUGGGAUUGAACCUUUCUCAGUCCAGGUUUCUCCAAGUGGCGAGCUCAUGGUCCUGGAUUCAGAGAACAGUAACCUUUACAAGAUGCAAACUCCACUAUCUGAAUAUAGCAGGCCAAAGCUGGUUGCUGGAUCUCCUGAAGGAUACACAGGGCAUGUCGAUGGGAAGUUAAGGGAAGCAAAAAUGAACCAUCCGAAAGGUCUAGCUGCAGAUGACAAAGGAAACAUAUAUAUUGCAGACACCAUGAACAUGGCUAUCAGGAAGAUUAGUGAGGGAGGUGUUACAACUAUUGCAGGAGGCAAAAAGACUCGAGCAGGUGGCCACAUUGAUGGGCCAAGUGAAGAAGCCAAAUUAUCUAACGAUUUUGAUGUGCUUUAUGUCGGAAGUAGCUGCUCUCUCUUGGUUGUGGAUAGAGGUAACCAGGCAAUUAGAGAGAUCCAACUCCAUGACGAGGAUUGCAGCAACUAUCAAGAUGAUAGUACUUUCCACUUGGGUAAUCAGAAUGAUAGUACUUUCCACUUGGGUGUAGCAAUGCUCGUCAUUGCUGGGUUCUUUGGAUAUAUGUUGGCACUUCUGCAGCGAAAGGUCCAAGCUUUCUUCUCUCCUCGUCAUGACCCAAGAGCUUAUUACGUGAAGAAAGCUACACCAAUGCCACCUCCACCAUAUCGGAGGCCAUCUCAAUCUGUGAGACCUCCUCUAAUCCCAAGCGAAGACGAACAUCAUGAUAACAAUAAACCAGAAGACGAAGGCACGUUCAGUUCACUCGGAAGACUCGUUGGGGGACUAAUUCCAGGCUUCAGAAGGAAACCCGUGGUUCAUCAUUAUCAGUUCCAUCCGCAGUAUCAACAACUACAACAACAACAACUCAAGCAGUUGAACUCAUGGCCAAUGCAGGAAAGCUACGCGAUUCCAGGCGAAGAUUCCCCACCACCACCUCUCGAAUCCACUUACCUUGCACCCAAGAGACAAUAUCCAUUCACGACCAAGGAGCUGCUUCAGAAGAACCAGCAUUACAACAGCGAAUGGGAUGACACAGAUUAUGACCGGCAUCAACAACAGCAGCAGCAAUUGAAGCAUCAACACCAACAGCAACAGCAGCAACAAAUGAAGCAGCAGCAACAACAGCAGCAGCAUCACAGGCAGCACAAAUCGAACCCGAAAACGUACUACGAGAAAGGCUGCGAGACGAAUGAGAUAGUUUUUGGAGCGGUUCAGGAACAGGACGGUCGUCGUGAAGCAGUGGUGAUAAAAGCUGUCGACUAUGCAGAUCCUAGGUACAAUCACCAUAACAUUCGACCAAGGUACAACUAUGUUGGUUACUCUCAUGCUAAUUACCAGUCAUGAGACAGCAGCAGUGAGAUAAUAGAGACAGUCAAUCAGCUAAAGACCGUUUUUCCCUCUCCAAAACAGAUGUAUUCUUAUUUCUUAGGCUGAUUUUCCUUUUUCAUAUAUUGCUAUAAAUAUGUUCGUUCUUAGCCUACAGGUGCAUAAGUUGUUUGUAUCUAUUCAUAAAGAAUGCUAGAAAAUAGUUGAAUUUACAGCUUCGCAUGGGCAGGCAACUGAUGCUUCGUGCCUUGAAAUGUAACAUGUUACAGACUAUAUGAUUAUAUCUACGCGUUAGGAUGAU